CAUAAAACAAGCAACAAGUGACGUAUGAGAGACGAGAGGGACGAGGAAGUGACUCUUUAUCAACAAGAGGAAGUAGAUUCAUCAUUUGUCUUUAAGACGGAAGAAGCAGAGAGACGAGAGACGGAGAAGAACCAUGGCUGAAUUCAGAGGGAUUCAAACCUCUUUGUUCCUGAUUCUGAUGCUUCAGUUUACAGAAGCAGCAACAGAACAACGUCUCACUGUCAGAGAUGGAGAUGAAGUCACUUUGCCUUGUAACAGUGUGACUGAGGACCAGAACAACUGUGACUCUACUGAGUGGUUCUUCACUUAUUUAAGAAGCACACAAUUAGUAGUUCUGGUUAGAAACGGGCAGAUUGAAGAAGCCAAAGCUGAAUCAGACAGACUGAGUGUUUCACAGAACUGUUCUCUGGUUAUGAAGAAGGUCACACGUGGAGAUGUUGGUCUUUAUGUCUGCAGACAGUUCAGACCAGGAGGACAUGAAGAUGCUGAGGUUCAUCUGUCUGUUGUUUCCAUGACCGAAGAGACGAACAGAGACGAGGUGACGUUAAGAUGCUCUGUGUGGACGAAUGAUCGAUGUAAACACACAGUGAAGUGGAUGAAUGGUGGUCAAGAUGUGGACAAAGACAACGAAGAAGUGAAGACAUCACGGUCUCUCUGCUCCGCCUCUCUGUCCUUCAUGACUUCUCACUUCUUUUACACAUCAAGCUUCACUUCAUUGACGUGUGAAGUGACCGAUGGAGACAAAGUGAUGCAGUUUUCUCCCUCAGGUGAUAAAACAGGUGAAGACACAACAACAACAACUGAAGAGGACACAAAAGGAGGAGACACUACGAAAACUUCUAUAAUCAGAGAAGCUUCAGCAGAACCACAAAUUUGGGUCUACGUCCUUUCGGCCGUUGUUCUUGUUGUUCUCUUGAUAAUCAUCGUGUUUGUCGUCAAAUGGAAGAUCAACAAAGGCAACACAACACGGACGAACAACAACGAUGUGCCGACCGCCCCCCCGGCUGCAGAAGCCCCUCUCACGGAUGUGUCCAUGUCCCUGAGCGGCCAUGUUGUCUCCUCCGUGCAGGCCGGUCCUGAAGACGGUGUGUCCUACGCCACCAUCAGCUACACCCAGAAGGCCGACAGUAAAGCCCAGGGUCGGAGUAACCAUGGCGAUGAUGCGGUGACCUACUCGACCGUGAAAGCUUCCUCCGGUGAUCCCAGCAACGUCUACGCCAGCAUCACCUGACCACACAAACCCAACUAAUGUCUGUUUCUCUCUCUAUCGAGGGUAAAUAUGCAGUAAAUGUGGACAAUAUAUUACACAUUGAGCUUGAUGAACCUGCUGUCAGGCCCUUCAUGGUGCUCAGAGGUGUAGAAGUCCUUAAGUAUUUUGCCUUCAUUGUUGCUAAAACACUUGCUGCCUUUUUUUUUAUCUCUGAGAAUAAUGGAUCAAAAUAGAGCAAUUUUGCUGAUUUUCUCAUGUUGUCUUCCUUCAAGUUUCUUCUUUUAUAGUUUAAUACGUAAUAAUUCUGCCAUUUGCUUCUCCUUUUAUCAGAAUAUUCCAAGCAGACGUACUAAACAUCUGAAAAUGUGAAAACUGAGAAUGCAGUGUCUUACCGUGUUAGUGAGAGGGAUUUGGUGCUGUAGGGUAUUAGAAAUAAACUAAUGACCCGAUUCAUGAAUGAACUAUUAAUAAAAUGCAUUUAGUUUACACUAGAAUACCGCCAUGAUUCUGGAACUAUGUAAUCAAUAAAGAAACGUGAGUAUUGUAAAACCACUGUAACCAAUAGAAUACCGACGUACAGCUAUGACUGUAUUCAAUGUAAUGUAAUCAACAGAAAUACAUGCAUGUGAUACUUGAGCACCA